UUCACGGAAUAAUAUGAUUCCAGUAAAGAAUUGUGAACAAGACAGACAAGAAAUUAGAGUAUGGUGUGAUGGAUGCUAUGACAUGGUACAUUUUGGCCAUGCUAACUCUCUCAGACAAGCAAAAGCACUUGGUGAUGUGUUAAUAGUAGGAGUACAUACAGAUGAAGAAAUAUCCAAGCAUAAAGGGCCUCCUGUAUUUACUCAGGAAGAACGGUACAAGAUGGUAAAAGCUAUCAAAUGGGUAGACCAAGUUGUUGAAGGGGCACCUUAUGUCACAACUUUGGAUACAUUAGACAAAUACAAUUGUGACUUCUGUGUACAUGGAGAUGACAUAACUGUAACGGCAGAUGGCAUAGAUACAUAUUAUAUGGUGAAAAAAGCAGGCAGAUACAGAGAAGUACCGAGGACAGCUGGAGUAUCAACCACAGAUUUAGUCGGAAGGAUGCUGCUACUAACAAGAGAACAUUUCAAGAGAGGUGACAAAGAAUACUCAGUGGCUCUGGAGCACUCAUCAAACUUAGGUACAGACUCAACAGCACGGUCUCCGUACACUGGCUGCUCGCAAUUCCUGCCUACAACACAGAAAAUUAUACAGUUCAGUAGUGGACUUUCGCCUAAACCUACUGAUAAAGUAGUAUACGUUGCAGGCGCCUUCGAUUUAUUCCACGUGGGUCAUUUAGACUUCUUAGAGGAGGCGCACAAGCAGGGCGACUUCCUUAUCGUGGGGCUACAUACAGACCUUGAAGUAAAUCGUUACAAGGGAUCAAACUACCCUAUAAUGAACCUUCACGAAAGAGUGCUCUCAGUACUCGCUUGCAAGUAUGUUCACGAAGUCGUAAUCGGCGCUCCGUACAGUGUUACUUCGGAUCUAAUGGACCACUUUAAAGUGCAAGUUGUGUGUCACGGCCUCACGCCAACCGCUCGUGACGCGGAUGGAACGGACCCUUAUUUGGUUCCUAAAAAACGAGGAUGUUUUAAAGUACUCAACUCCGGCAAUGAUAUGACAACUGAAGACAUUGUUCAACGAAUAAUCCGCCAUCGUCUCGAUUACGAAGAUCGGAACUCACGGAAAGAGCAAAAAGAAAUGGCCGUUGUAAAAACGUUGCAAAACGCACACGUAAAACAAAAUGGCGAUUACAACGAGAAAAUGGCUACCGAUGCGAUGAGUUAAAGCAAUACCAUGACUGGCAGUUUAACAAUAUAUCUUUUAGAUCCUGUGUGCUAUUUAGGAAUUAUUGUUCAUUUAAUUGUAUACUUCACAGAAACUUAUUGAUACUUUAUUAAGUUUAUGACUUUAGAGUACGGCUAGUUCAGGCGUUGCAAGGGUUAUGUGUAUUUCUCUUCACAUAUUACCUUGACUAGAGAAAAUAUAAAAUUGAUUUAAAUGUCCUAAUUUGAAGACGUUAUCGAAAGUUCAGUUGUAAUUCCUUAAAAUUAGAUGUCACUUUUAGCAUAUUUUUAAUCGCAUUUGAAUCGGUAAGUGUAGUAAUGAUGCUAAAAAUCGCUAGUUGCUAUUAGUUUUUCGUCGCAUUUGCAGUGACGAUAUGUUACGAGUUAAACUAUGCCUUUACCUUUAAAACAACAAAAGGAUAUCAUUUAAUUGCCAAAGAUCUUCGUCUCAUUGAAACUGAAGCGAAUGUGAAAUAGUGCUAUGCUAUUCGCGAAGACGAAAUUGGAUAGAAAUCUAUGACUUGCAGUCCAAGACCAAUCAUGAGGGUUACCUUCUCGCGGUCCGUGAACUACGCUAAAUUCCAUCCCACGGUUUACUGAUUAUGAGACUCAAGGAGGGCCGAGAGCUUACGCAGAUUUUGCUCCACAAUAACGCACAAUAGCUUGCAAUAUUUUUGCAUUUUUUUUUUUGCAAUUGCAAUAGCAAAUGCUUUCUAUUGUGCGUUAUCUGCAGGACUAGAUCUGGGGUCUACUCUCGAUCUCCGUCCAACAUCCGUCCGAAUCAAUUACUGUCAAAUAAGUAAUAUUCGACAAAAUUAAAAGCCACGUAUCAAGUAUGAAGCUUCAUUCGCAUCACGCGUCUUUUCAGUUGGUCAAGUAUUGCUUAUUUGGCAGCAAUUGUUUCAGACGGAGAUCGAGAGUAGACCCCCUGUUUUCGGAUUAGAUACACGUGUGGAGCCAAACGUGUCGCAUGACAGACCCAAAGCCCUUUACGCUAUAUACUCGUAGAUGAGUAUACUUAGGACUUGCAUCGCGACUAUCUUAUAUUCGUUUCAUAUUCAGAAUUUGAAUUUUGAACAGGCUUUUGAACAUCUUUUGCAGAAAGGAUCCUUACUGUCAAAUUUAUUGUUAAGCUUUUCUCGUAAGUAAUAAAAUUGUACAUAAAUAUGGUUUUUUCUAUGUUUAAAAUAGAUAAUUUCCGUAUGCCCGCCUACUAUGACAUACAUACAUUGAAUAAUGUAUAAUGAUAAUAAUUAAAGUAAUGAGCUACUUAUUUUCAGAAGUGUCCUUGCUAAGUCGAAUUGAAUAUUAUUUUUUAUUCAUUAGUUUAUGGUGGUUUCAGAAGGCUGAUGUAUUUUUUGGAGGUCGUUCUACUUUGCAUGUUAUUUCUUAAUUGAAAAUAAAAAGUCCCUCUUUAUCCGUUAACCUACGACAUAAAUCGAAUCUUUUUUCAAGGAAAUUAAUUUUAUUUAUUCUAUUAUUUAUUUUGUUAUAUAUAUAAAGUAUUUUAAAAGCGUACUGUACAAAAUUAUUUUUUAGUUUAAUAUA